GUGCCGUUGCUAUGGUGAUCAAAGGGACGCGACGGAUAGGCUGUGAGCACGACGCGCUGACGUAACGGAAAAGGACGGCAAAGUGGGGGGCGUGGCUUCAGAGUUGUACGUGCAUUCUUCAGUUUACUUUCAAUUUAUGGUUUUGUUGCAGUUGGAGAUCUUUUAAGAAGGAAAGCUUGUUCGUGCUUGUUUUAUUGGCAAUAAACUGUAUUUAACGCCACCCCCGCCCCAUUUCCCCCAAGUCAGUCGUGUCCAUUAUAUGAGUGCGCGCUCCAGUUGUCCUUUAAAGGUCCUGUUGUGGUUUUGCUCGUGCACCUAUAAGAUCAGUUUGGCAACGUGACUGUGUGCACGCACGCUCGACUCUCCGAGGAGGUGUGUAGAGGAAAUUCAUCUCUUCCGCAAUGCUCUGCGUAGAGCAGCGCGUCGAUGGUGCGCUCGUGCUGCUUCUCUAGACGGGGUGCACUGACUGAGUGUUUGGAGAUUUCCUUUCGCGACAGCAAACUAGUGAGUCGACGGAGGGAAAAGGUGGCGCAGAAAUCCGCAGUGGAAAGGAGAUGUGAAGACACGCGCUGAAGUCGCAUACGCAAACGCGCAAACGCAGACGCGCACACGCGCGCGCGCGCACACACACACACACACACGCGCGCGCACACAGGCACGCAGGCAGUCAGUGUUACCUGACCCGGCCGGCUUCAUUGCCUCAUCAUUGCUGACCGGACAGGUUUCACACGCCAGGACUGAAUUCUUUUAUUAUUUUAUGGAACCUGAAGCGACUGGGGAAGUCGCGGUCAUGCUACCUCCGAAGAACUGCCUCCCGAGAAAUUACAGCUGCAUCGCAGGCUUGUUUGGGAGCCUGACCGCAAACCAGAAGAUGGACGACGGCGAGAAAACGGAUGGCGAAGAGGAAGAGGAGGAGGAGGAGAAGCAAGCCGUGACCACCGAGUGCGAGUCGUUAGAGAUGCGCGUCGUGGAUGAGAAACCGAGGGGGCGUGAAUCCCUCCCGAAGCCGCCGAUGAGUCCCGGCCUGCGCCGCCGGUGCAAAUCCUUACCGAGCUCCGCGGAGAGAGCCAAACUGGAAGUGGCGCGGAUCUGCAGCCCGGCCAGCCAGAAGAAAGUGCGCUUCGCCGACUCGCUCGGCCUGGAGCUCAUCUCCGUGCACCACUUCGACGAGACCGACGUGCCAAAAACUCCAGGCCGUGUCAUGGACAAGUUCAAAAAGGCAAGAGCGCUCCACCUGAACAACUUCGAGCACUCCAACGGAUACACGCAGUCCACCUUCGUGGAGACCCUGUUCACCAGUCCGGGCGCGCAGCCCGACUUCCCGGAGCGUCUCCAAAUCUCCAAGGUGCUUCUGGAAUCCGUUGAGACUGACGAGUUCAGCAUCUCGGGCAUCGUGCGCGUCGUAAACCUGGCAUUCGAGAAGAGCGUGACUCUGAGGUACACGCUCAACAACUGGCUAACCUUCAUGGACGUGCCCGCAUCCUACGUGCCGCACUCGAGCGACGGCGUCACCGACAAGUUCCAGUUCAAGAUCGUCACACCGGCGUUCUUCGAGAGCAGCGGCAGCCUCCAGUUCGCCGUCCGCUACCGCGUCGGGACGCACGAGUUCUGGGACAACAACGACGGCAAGAACUACAAAGUCCGACGCCACAGAUUCAAAAUCUCGCCUCCGCGCGAAUGGGAUAACGGCUGGAUCCACUUCAUUUAGAACCACUGGGUGUGAUUAUGAGUAUGAUCAUUCAGGCCUGCAUUGCAUCUGUGCAGCCUAC